AUGCCCAGGAGCCCUAGGUGGCGCGGAAUCGAGCUAGGCGGGCGACGCAGGCCAUCGCGCGUGAAAGAAUGGCUCCGCGGGCUGAUUAAUAAGAGAGCAAAGAUCAAGUCAAAGAAAAUUACUGAUGUUCUCUUGUCUAGUGAUACAACUGAAGCUCAAGGUUUCCUCCAAGAGAAUGGAGAUGAUUGUGCAUUAGUUGUCUUUAGAGAUGAGGAAGAUGAGGAAGAACUCAUGAAAGGUACAGGGAUACCUUGGUCUAUGCUUGGAGACGCAGUGGGAGCAGAAGAACAACUAGAGCUGCGUAGAAGUGCAAGGGUGAGAGAGCUCUAUGAAGAAGAGUUUGAGUCCGAAGAAGAAGAGUUUGAUGAAGAUGAGGAUGACUAUGUGAUGGAUGAACCCUACUGA